CCAGUCUUAUAUUUAGUUAGGACCUUAUUAUGUGAUGAAAAUGUAAUAUUUUAUUUAGUAUACUGUUAAGUGUUUUUUUGAAUGAGUGAUAAUUGAGUUUCUUAUCUAAAAUAUUGAAAAGUGAAUAUUGAAUUAUCUUCUUGCAAUAAUUGCUGUAAUAGCCAGUCUUGAGCUGUUCUUGAAGCGAAGAAGCGAGUCCAAACAGCAGUGAAAUAACAAGAGCAUGCAUAGAUGAGGAAAUAUCAUCAGAUAAUCUUUACUUCCAUUGAGAGAGAUGGUCAAUUUCUAGUCAGAAUGGGAGGAGAAAAUCGUUUAUAAAGCAUAUGAGGACAGUGGGGAGCGCUAAUAUUGGCCAAUGUGUCAAUAAUAUCUUGAGAAGAUUAAUGAUUGAUGAGCUGGCCAUGAAAUUCUCAUACACUGGCCGUGCAUCAAACGGGAACACAAAAACUCCAUUUCAUGGGAGUGAGAUAUCAAAAUGCAUACUGAUUGCUGUUCAAACGUUUUUUGGUGACAUUGCAAUUGAAGUGAAAUAUGGAUCGUUGGCUUCGAAAUGGUUUCAACAAGCCAGAACAAGGUUGUUGAGAAGGACCAAGAGCAGAGAGACUACGCCUCAUGAAGCUCAAAUCGAGGACGAUAGCAGUUCAAAGUAAAAAUAUAUAAUAAGUUAUAAAUUAAAAGUUC